AUGACUGGAUCUCAACCCCAACAGGGAGGAGACGACAUCACGCCCGCUCCCCUCCCAAACCACAAUGGCGUCCCAAAGAGCGAACGCCGCGACAAGGCUACCGACUUCUUGGAGACGCAUAGUGCCGGCAACACCUCCUUCACCUACGAGGAGGAGCGAGCGGUUUUGAGACGCAUUGACAUGCGUAUCCUGCCGCUCCUCCUCGGUGCCUACUUCUUCCAGCAGCUGGACAAGAGCUCUCUGAGCUACGUCUCCAUCUUCGGGCUCACAACCGACGCCAAUCUAGUCGGCAAGCAAUACUCCUGGCUCGGCUCGAUCCUGUACCUAGCGCAACUCGUCAUGCAGCCGGUGGCGGCAUUCGUCCUGGUCAAGCUGCCGACGGGCAAGGUGAUCGCGGCGGCCAUCUUCCUGUGGGGCGCGUCGCUGGCGGCCAUGUCGGCGUGCGCGUCGUUCGGGUCGCUCAUGGCGCUGCGCUUCCUGCUGGGCUCGUUCGAGGCCGUCAUCGCGCCGAGCUGUGUCGCGGCGACGCAGAUGUGGUGGCGCCGCGGCGAGCAGACGCUGCGCACGGCCUACUGGAACGCCAUGAACGGGCUGACGCAGAUCGUCGGCAGCUUGUUUACGUACGGCCUAGGGCAUAUUGACAGCAGUCGGGUGCUGUUCAAGUAUCAGAUUAUUUUCUUGUUCUGCGGGUUGUUGACGGUGUGUUACGCGGUCGUGGUGCUCGUGCUCAUGCCGGAUUCGCCGAUGGAGGCGAAGUACCUCGGAGAGAGGCAGAAGGUCAUUGCGGUGGAGCGGCUCAGGGCGAACCAGAUGGGUGUGGCGAGUAGGGAGUGGCGGUGGGAUCAUGUGUGGGAGACGCUGUGGGAUCUGAAGACGUGGUGUUGGUUUCUCGCCAUCCUUUCAAUCUCAAUUGCCAGCGGCGGCAUCAGCACGUUUGGCAGCCUCAUCGUCCGGGACUUCGGCUACACCAACUUCAACGCGAUCCUCUUCAACAUCCCCUUCGGCGCCAUCCAAUUCUUCGCCAUCAUCGGGUCCGCCUGGGCGGCAACGCACUGGCAGAGGAAGGGCCUGACCAUCACGGCCAUCAGCGUCCUGCCCAUCGUUGGGACGAUCAUCAUGCUCACUGUUCCUCGGACGGGCAACAACAAGGGCGUUUUGCUGUUCGGAUACUAUCUGGUAUCUUGCAUGGCGGCCAUCACGCCCAUGAUCUACGCGUGGCAAGCCCAGAACACGGGCGGCGACACCAAGAAGAAAUGCACCUCGGCCGUUGUGUUCAUUGGGAUGUGCGCAGGAAACGUCGUUGGGCCGCUGCUCUUCGAUGAGAGGCAGGCUCCCUUGUACCGGCCGGGACUGAUCUCCAACCUCGUCAUGUUCGCUUUUGUUGGCGGCAUCUCAGCUCUGACCCCGAUCUACCUCAUGUACCUCAACUGUCGGCACGCCAAGCGCCGGGAAGAGCUCGGCAAGAACGCGGCUAUGAUCGAUGAGUCUAUGAUGGGCAAUAAGAUGGAGCACAGCAAAGCAGUCGAGAUCGAGGACGGGGGUGGCCAUGGAUGGAUGAAGACGCUCGAGGAGGAUAAUGCGCUACGGGAUAUGACCGACCUGUCGAACGAGGACUUUAUCUACGUGUACUAA